AUGUCAAAUAAAGAAAUAAAAAAUUCUAAACGUAAAUUAAAAUCUGAUGAUAAUGAUGAUGAUGAUGAGAUAUGGUCGAAAUUAUCACGUGAACAAAUUAUUCGGCGUUGUAAACAACUUGAAAAACAUGUUGAACAAUUAAAAAAUACGAUUAUAAAAAAAACAGAUAAUGAAUCAAAUGAGAAAAAAAAUAAAAAAAUGAGACCAUUUGAUUUUAGUAAACAUUCUAAACGACAUAUAUUUCUAAAAUUUAUUUAUCUUGGCUGGGAAUAUCAUGGUUUUGUAGUUCAAGAAACAACAUCACAAACAGUAGAAGAUUUUUUAUUUGAUGCUCUUAUUAAAACUCGAUUGAUUGAACAACGAGCAACAUCUAAUUAUCAUCGAUGUGGACGAACAGAUAGAGGUGUAAGUGCAUUUACACAAGUGAUUUCAAUAACUGUUCGAUCGAAAAUAACUACAGAAUGUACUGAAGAACUUAAUUAUGUACAAAUGUUAAAUGGUGUUUUACCUAGUUCAAUUCGAUGUAUAGCAUGGGCAUCAGUACCCGAUGUAAAAUCUGCUCGAUUUGAUUGUAUAUCACGAUCAUAUCGAUACUAUUUUCCAAAAGCAAAUGUUGAUCUUCAUCGAAUGCGUCAAGCAUCAAUUGAUCUCAUUGGUACACAUGAUUUUCGAAAUUUUUGUAAAUUAGAUAUAACAAAUACAGAACCAACAUUUAUUCGACGUAUUGAUAAUGUAACUAUUGAACAAUUAAAUAUAGAUAAUGAUUUAAAUAAUUCUAAUUCUGGUUAUGAAAUGUGUGAAUUAAUGGUACAUGGUUCAGGAUUUUUAUGGCAUCAAAUUCGUUGUAUUGUUGCUAUUUUAAUAUUAAUUGGUCAAGGAAAAGAAGAUAUUGAUUUAGUUAAAACAUUACUUGAUAUAGAAAAAUAUCCAUGUACACCAAAUUAUCAAAUAGCAUCAGAUUUACCUCUCGUUCUAUUCGAUUGUCAAUUCAAUGGAGUUGAUUGGAUCUGUGAUCAAAUCAGUCUUCGUAUAACUAUUUGUCAUUUACAAAGAUAUUGGUCAUCAUUUCAAAUUCGUGCUACUAUGAUUAAAUCUAUGUUAAAUAAUCUAGAAAAUCAAAUUUAUGAUAAAAAACAAUUGCCAAUUUUAGGUCAAUUAUCACUUAUUGAAAAUGAAAGUAAUUCAUUAUUAGGAUAUAAUAAUAAUAAUAAUCGAAGAAAUUAUCAACCAAUUUUAACUCGUCCAGUACGAGAAAGUGUUGAAGUUAAAAUUGAAAAAUAUCAAAAUAAAAAAGCUAAAUCAGAAAUAAUCAAUGACGAUAAUAAAAAUGAAACAAAUAAAACAGAUGAUUUAAUUGUUUAA